CGCAUGCGUAGCACUCUUGUCCGCCAUCUUGACCCGAGUAAACGCCGUCGCCGCCGCCACUAAACAAACCCGAGCGUGGCAUUGGCGAGCGGUGUGUGUGUGGGGGGUGCGGCUGCUGCGGAGCCUUCGAUGUACUGGGCACGGCCGGGCAGCGAGGCUGAGCUCUGUGGGAGCACAGACACAAGGGAAGGAUGCCUGUGGUGUGGCCAACUCUUCUGGAUCUCAGUAGGGAUGAGUGCAAGAGGAUCCUUCGCAAACUGGAACUGGAGGCCUAUGCAGGUGUCAUCAGUGCCUUACGUGCACAGGGAGACCUUACAAAAGAGAAGAAGGAUCUUCUUGGAGAACUCUCUAAAGUGCUUAGUAUUUCAACAGAGCGACAUCGAGCUGAAGUUCGGAGAGCAGUUAAUGAUGAACGACUAACAACGAUUGCACACAACAUGUCUGGACCAAACAGCUCUUCUGAGUGGUCCAUAGAAGGUCGUCGACUGGUGCCACUGAUGCCACGACUUGUUCCACAAACAGCUUUUACUGUCACCGCCAACGCCGUUGCCAAUGCAGCCGUUCAGCACAACGCGUCUCUUCCAGUCCCCGCAGAAACUGGAAACAAAGAAGUGGUGGUUUGCUAUUCCUACACAAGUACCACUUCAACCCCAACAUCUACCCCUGUUCCAAGUGGCAGUGUAGCAACAGUGAAGUCCCCCAGACCUGCCAGUCCAGCCUCCAAUGUAGUCAUCUUGCCAAGUGGAAGUACUGUUUACGUCAAAAGUGUCAGCUGCUCAGAUGACGAUGAAAAGCCCCGCAAAAGACGGCGAACAAAUUCUUCUAGUUCUUCCCCUGUUCUCCUGAAAGAAGUCCCGAAGGCCGUGACUCCUGUCACUAAAACUAUCACAGUGCCUGUAAGUGGGAGCCCCAAAAUGAGUAAUAUAAUGCAGAGCAUUGCCAACUCCUUACCACCACACAUGUCGCCUGUGAAAAUAACCUUCACUAAGCCCUCAACACAGACAACAAACACCACAACACAGAAGGUCAUAAUAGUAACCACCUCUCCAAGCUCAACUUUCGUACCCAACAUCCUUUCCAAGUCCCACAACUAUGCAGCAGUUACAAAACUUGUCCCAACAUCAGUCAUUGCCUCAACUACUCAAAAGCAGCCCGUGGUUAUCACUGCUUCCCAGUCCUCUGUGGGCAGCAGCAGCGCCUGCUCCACUCCCUCCUGCACUGCAAAUACUAUUGCUGUGACUGCUGUAGUGUCAUCCACACCAUCAGUGGUUAUGUCAACAGUAGCACAAGGUGUAUCUACAUCAGCAGUUAAAGUUGCCUCUACCAGACUACCUUCCCCAAAAGGUUUGGUUGGGAAUCCAACUCAGAUCUUAGCACAGUUUCCCAAACAGCAUCAGCAAUCUCCCAAACAGCAGCUGCACCAAGUCCAACAGGCCCAACAGCAGCAGCAGCAACCGCAGCAGCAGCAGCUGGUGCCGUGCUCUGUAGCCCAGCAGCAGCCACAGCAGUCUCAGUUGCCAGCUGGCAUCAAGCCCACCAUUCAGAUCAAACAGGAAUCAGGUGUUAAAAUAAUCACUCAACAGGUGCAGCCCAGUAAAAUCCUUCCCAAACCAGUUACAGCGACCUUGCCCAGCAGUAGCAAUUCACCCAUUAUGGUGGUUAGCAGUAAUGGGACUAUCAUGACAACUAAACUGGUCACUACUCCCACUGGAACUCAAGCAACAUAUACACGGCCAACGGUGAGCCCCUCUCUGGGAGCUCGGAUGGCUGGAACUCCAGGGGCUGCUACUUACGUGAAAACUACAAGUGGUAGCAUCAUUACUGUAGUACCAAAAUCACUGGCUACUCUAGGAGGGAAGAUCAUCAGCAGUAAUAUUGUUUCUGGAACUACAACGAAAAUCACUACAAUUCCAAUGACAUCGAAACCCAAUGUGAUUGUUGUGCAAAAAACUACUGGAAAAGGAACUACAAUUCAAGGGCUUCCAGGCAAAAAUGUUGUCACAACACUGUUGAAUGCUGGGGGGGAGAAAACUAUUCAGGCAGUGCCAGCAGGAGCAAAACCUGCUAUCAUCACUGCCACAAGACCCAUCACAAAAAUGAUUGUUACACAGCCAAAAGGAAUAGGGUCCACGGUCCAGCCAGCCACCAAAAUCAUCCCAACUAAAAUUGUUUAUGGUCAGCAAGGGAAAACACAGGUCCUCAUAAAGCCAAAGCCAGUGACAUUUCAAGCAACAGUUGUGAGUGAACAAACCAGACAGCUGGUGACUGAAACAUUACAGCAGGCUUCAAGGGUAACAGAGACAGGAAACUCAUCUCUCCCAGAAGUGAAAGAAGAACCACAAACCUACACCGACAGUAGCUCUUCUUCUACAGAGUCUUCCCAGAGCUCUCAAGAUUCUCAGCCUGUAGUCCAUGUGAUUGCUUCAAGAAGUCAAGAUUGGUCAGAACAUGAAAUUGCUGUGGACACAAACCCUACAAUAAUUUACCAGGACGUCUCCAGUGAAUCUCAGUCAGCUACUUCCACAAUAAAAGCUUUGCUGGAACUUCAGCAGACAACAGCAGUGAAGGAAAAGUUGGAAUCAAAGCCAAGGCAGCCUACCAUUGACUUGAGCCAAAUGGCUGUUCCAAUCCAGAUGACUCAAGAAAAGAGGCAUUCUCCAGAAAGUCCUUCAAUUGCAGUUGUAGAGUCAGAACUAGUGGCUGAAUAUAUCACAACUGACUCAGGAAGACAACACUGUAUUGGUUCACAUUCGGAAGAAUAUCUACACAACCAUAUAGUCAGUCACCGGUCCCAGCCCCACCAGUCAUCUCAGCCCCAGAGGACUCUGCUGCAGCACGUGGCUCAGUCGCAGACAGCAACGCAGACUUCGGUUGUGGUGAAAUCUAUUCCUGCAUCCUCCAGUGGUGCCAUUACCCAUAUCAUGCAGCAGGCCUUAAGCAGUCACACGGCAUUUACCAAACACAGUGAACAACUUGGAACUGAGGAAGGAGAAGUGGAAGAGAUGGACACCUUGGAUCCUCAGACUGGUCUGUUUUACAGAUCUGCCCUGACACAAUCGCAGGCACAAAAGCAGCAAAAACUGAAUCAGCCACAGCUGGAACAGACUCAACUGCAAGUGAAAACUCUGCAGUGUUUCCAGACUAAGCAGAAGCAGACAAUCCACCUGCAGGCUGAUCAAAUCCAGCACAAACUGCCACAAAUGCCCCAACUUUCCAUAAGGCAUCAAAAGCUAAGCCCCCUGCAGCAAGAGCAAGCACAGACCAAACCAGAUGCACAGCACCCCCCACACCAUAUGAUGGCCAAAGAAAGGCAACUCCCUACCUUAGUGGCACAGCCACAGCAAACUGUAGUACAGGUGCUUGCAGUAAAAACCACGCAGCAGCUGCCCAAACUGCAACAGGCACCAACGGCACAAAAAAUCUACGUGCAACCCCAGCCCCCCCAGAGUCAAAUGCAGCUACCUGCCUCUUCAGAGAAACAGCCAGCAAGCCAGGCAUCCACGGAGACAUCAGUAGCAGAUAUAUUGAGAGUGUCUAUGGUGGAAGCUCAGAUUGAUGCAAACAUAGAACAUACGAUAGUGGAUCCCCCAAACAAGGCCACGUCCACUAGUACAGCUGCUAGUGAAGCAGAGUCGUCACCUUGUACCCAGGGCCCGAGGGUGGCUGCAGUAGGGAUGACGGCACCUUCCAUCCCCCAGCAACAGACACAUACAGAAUCCAGCUCAAGUCCUCCUGCUGUUGGUCCUGCUUUAACAGAGAGGAAACUGGAUGCACGAGGAAUACCUACGACAAACGAGUUCAUGCACACUCAGAAUAUAUCACAAAAGAAAGCUGAAGAGAGCUCAUCAGAAAUUGUUGUCCAGACUAUCCCUCACUAUUCCAUCCCUUGUCACUCCAGCUCCAAUGUGGUGGUGGAACCCAGCGGGCUCCUGGAGCUCAACAACUUCACCAGUCAGCGCCUCGAUGAUGAGGAGACAGCAAUGGAGCAAGAUGUGGACAGUAGCACUGAGGACGGCACUGAGCCCAGCCCCUCUCAAAGUUCUGCUGAACAAUCCUAAGGAAUAGGGACACUGGAGUGCACUUUAAAAUAUCUUGGGAUUUUGCGCAUCCAAGAUGCCCUUCUGUUGUGAUGUCUUAGAGCACUUUGCCUAUUAGUAUUGUUCAUUGGACUCUUGAAGCAUCAGUAUGUUUUAACAAGACAGCAUUGCAAAAGCUACAUCUUAAAAAUUGUUUGGGAAAAAAAAAAAAGAGAAGGUGUACGUACCAAGAUUUAGUAAACCUGUGACAGUGGAAUGUACUUCUGUUCAAAAACAAAUCUGCAAUGAAUUCUACAGCUUGUGCUAUUGAAGCCCUUGCCCAGAUACUGAAACAGCUUUAAGUGAAAAGGGAUCAUUAUUUUGCUGUGUCUUUUUAGCUGUUGAGCAAAACACCAUUAAAAAAAAGAAAACGUUUAGUAAAUAUUUUUAUUUUCAAAUAGCAUGUGAGAGAAAAAAUGCCUCUGACAGUGCUGGAAAAGCUCCAGGAAUUUUGGAAUUGGUUAGCUUUCUUGCACUCAUGCUCACUUAAUACUUUUUUUCAGAAGCUUAAACUACUUUUUUUAAUUCUUGUUGGUGAAUGUUUGGAAAUAAGCAAAACAGCUAACUGGUAGCAAAGUGGAUUUGCUAGUGGAGUUUUGUUUUCGUGCUUUACAAGAAGUAGGGUAAUGGUAGAUGGGGCACUUCUUUGUGCCAUAAGCAUGCAAAGUGCUCAUCUACUCUAGUUAAUCUUUGAUUAUUUAUUUAAAUAUAAAAUUUAAAGUGAGAAAAGUUGUUAUAAAAGUUCCUGUGAAACAGGCAGUUGUAUUAAUUCUAGUACAAACCAGGGAGGAGGUGUAUUUUGCUAUUAAUCAGUUUUUCAAAAUUGGGGAUAAAUAGUUCAACAUCUUUCCAAGUUGAACUUGAGAAUUUAGAAGUGAGCUAAGACUUUUAAAAAUCUAUAUUUUACUCUUACAUGCUGUUUUUAAAGUUGACCAUUUGGGGCGUUUAAAAGCUUAAAUGAGUAUACAAUGGUAGGUUUCCAAAAAUAGCCUUAUGUCUUGGCUUGUUGAAGCAAUACAUUGGGGUUUUGUGAUAGUUACAAGUCACAGCGAGUGGUUUGGGUUCAGAUGGGACAAGAGAACCAGUUUUAAUACAUUCUGGUAAUCAAGACAUUACAUUUUUUUUUCCAAAAUGUAUAUAAACACAUGUUUUUAACUGUUUUGUAUAGAUUUCAUUAUAAAUAACUAAGCAUUUUAUGACUUUGACAUAUCAUUUAAUUGUAUAUACAUGUAUAAGCCUAACUGCCCACGUUUUGGUGCUGAAGUACUGUAAGUAGAUUUCAUCCAAAGUCUAAUACAGCUUUUUGCGUCAG